AUGUCCGGCAACGACUUUCACGUGCUGCCGUCCAUUUCCGGCCAGCCGGCUUGGGAGGCCAUGCUCCGUCUCGAGAAUGAUGGGCUCUCCAUCGCGGUUCCAUUGCGCCGUGUCGCUCACCCGUCUCGGUUGAGCGAUGGCGAAGCCGGAAACAUUAGCAGGGCCGUGCAAGUGUUGCGAGUCUCCUGGCCCGAUGCUUCCACCGGACCGUCGAGGCGCCGUCAGCUCGGCCCUGAAUUCGACGAUGCCGAGUUGCCCUCGACUCGGCUGUUCUCGUGGCUGGCCUCCAAGCACUUGAACCCCGUGUAUGAGGGCUUCUUCGUUGAUGACCUCUUCUUGUCGCGGGGCAGGCUGCACAUACCGUUGCGUCAAGAGACGCGAGGCGUGGCUACUGCGGCGCUGCCGGAGGACGCUUGGAAGCCGCUUUCGACAGCCUCGUCCCCCCGAGGUCCGGCCCCCGACGCGCAGCUUUGGUCAUUCACGGGUCCGGAUCCUUGGGUCAUUUCGCUGCCAGUAUUCUGUGCGAUCCUACUCUUGAUGGUGAACCCGACGAAACAGGUUCACAAAGACCUCGACUGCCCCGAUCGAGAGCUCUCCUGGUGUCUAGACUCUAUGCAGGGGUUCUGCCGAGAAAAGGGGCUCGACGAGGGGGACCGCUGCCUUGCCUGGUCUCUCGGCACCUUUCCCGACUGCUGGACAUACCUUCACUUCACCUUUCACGUCUAUCUCCCUGACACCGCUACUGUGGAGAGGACGCGGCCGGAGUCUUGGCCGGGUUCUGGCGUCAUGUGCCCGCGAGGCAGUGUCGUCGCUCAAAUUGGGCACAAUGAGGAGGUGAUAACCUUUGCUGAGGAUCGAUUCUGGAUUGGCAUGAGAACCGCCACGUCAUACGGCGGCAACUCGACGCACGUCAAUAACCCCCAGACGGUUGCCUUUGUGGUAUCUGACACCGUGCAUUUUACUGUUAAGGCGUCGCAAAGUGACUGGGAUGAGCGCGGUCUGAAGAGUCCCGAGGGAGCAACUGGCAUUGCCCUCUUCCAAAUGCUGCUCAUGGUCGGGAUAGACCGCUGGAGCGCAGGCUGGGAUCUCAGUCUCAAACGCAUUGACGAACUGUACACGGCCGCGGUCAGGGAGCUGGGAAAAGGAUGGGAUACUGCCACGCCGCCGCCCUGCCACCUCCCCGAUCGGUUCGCAGAGAGGAUGUUUAGGAUCGCCAGCGUGCUGAACGCCUUCCAGAAGCACAUCGACACCGUUCCUACAUUUCUCCAAGCCAUGGCAAAGAGAUGGCAGGACGCGUUCCCGGGCAAGUACGCGGACCUUUGCACGCGCUUCGACGGGGCGACGCAGGCGGAGCUGCUUGACAACUGGUCCUUGGUCAUGGCACACGCGGCGCAUAAGCACGCAUACCUGUCUGAGAAGAUUGACAAGAGAGCCUCCGCCAUCAUGAAGCUUGGCGAUAGCGCCCUCCUGAUGAGGCUGAGCAGCGCCGCGGCUCACCCAUAGUUCGGGAGACUCCAUGUCAACACGCUUGCGGUCACCAGGCGUUCGAUUCACGGCCGUUUUCAUUAUUUCAACAUCUCGAGUUCGAUGCGAAGGAGGCAAAUGUUUUGCGGCUGCCACCGAGAAGAUGAUCACAGACUGCAUUUGCGGUCCUUGGCCCGGGCCUCCUAGGAGCCUCGCGCCUACUCGCCCUCGCAUCAACCCAAGUGGGAUGAUGUCAACGGCGCGCGUCGAACCGUGCGGGAUUUGGGUUUUGGGUUCGGAACAGAUCAUGCGAGACUGAAUAUGCACACACACGACUGGACUGUGCCUCUCUGCGGUCAUCUUUAAGUGUCGGCGGCUACUCCUUUCGUGAGCUUGAAUAGGCAGGUCGUCGAGGCUUUCUCCGCAGGAGGGGGGGUCGCACAGAAC